CGUGGCAGCUCCCCAUGGCUCUUUCCACUUGCACUGGACGAGAUGAGGGUUAUAAGCUGGUCGUCCGGCAGCGUUUUGAGGCAGGGAUGAGGGAGCUGGUGUGUUUCACCCAACACCUACUCGAAGCUGAGGCAGAUCCACAUGCACACGGCAAAAUCCGGGAACGAAUUGAGGCAGCUUGCAGAGAGAUGUCAGCAGCAGAAGAGCAGCUGGGAAGGCAGCUGGAGAUGGUGGAUGCCAGAACUGAGGCGCUAGUAGCAGAGAAGAAAAAGAGGAAGGAUGAGCAAGAAGAAAAGAAAGAGAACCUCAGGCACUUAAGGAUCCAGCUGGACUCCUGCCGCAGGUCGGAAAGAGAGGCCAGAGAGAUGCUGGAAAGGGCCAACGGGCACCUCAGAGAAAUGCAGGCCGAGCUGCAGAGAAAACGAGCGGAAGCAGACAGCAACCGACUGACACGAGAUAUCGGCAUCGGGCUGAUGUUUAUUCCUCUCCUGGGGACAAUUGCUGGCUCCAUCAUGGUCGGCUGUGGGCAGGUAGCUUUGGAUGCCGCUGAGAAAGCCGCAGGCGAGGCCCAGGAUGCCGUUAAUCGACACAUGAACGAAGUGUCCAGGUACUCAGCAGAAGUCUGCAGGUACGAUGAGCAGGAGCGGCAGCUGGAGGCCGAGAUCACGGCCAAUGAGCAGCGACUGGCUCAGAUCGACGCAGAGCAACAGGCGUUGGCCGUGCUACAGAGGGAGAUCGUCACCCAGCAGAACGGGCUGAGGAAAUGUGUUACCUUCAUGAACGGGCUAGCGGGGAAGGUCCACGUGGCUAAGAGGCUCACCGAGCACCUGCUGAUCUACGAGGAGCUGGCCAACAUCCUCGGAGAGAUUGUCCAGCAGGUGCUGCCCCUAAUGAGCCCAGGAGGCGAGGCUGGCACGAGAUUUCUGGCUGCAGGGGAACUCCAGGGCCUCAUUGAGAAGUUAAAGUCAGGCGGUUGCAGGCUCAGAGCCCUGGCAGACGCCGAGGUAGCAGCAAUUGAUUUUUAAGGCCACGAUUUCAAAAGCUGAAGGCCCAGGCUCACAGCUGGGCUAUGGCGAGCGCAUGGGUUUCCGUCUAUGCUUGAGAAUCGUACCGGGCUACAAUGCUGGGUAGUUGAGCUGCCACCUCCAAGAUCCAACACCCUGUCCCCCAAAAUAGCCUUUGCCCCUCACCUCCACUAUCCUGACCAUCUUCUUCCUCUCUCAG